AUAUCCGGAAAAAUGCGUUUUUGUGUUGUGUUUGUGUCGGUGAUUAGUUCCUGCGUUUGUAAUGAAAUUGGCGAUUUUAUCAGCCCCCCGACUACCGUUAAAGCUACAGAGAAUAAUACCGUUUUGUUGCCCUGCUAUUUGAAUACGAUUUCUAAUGAUGAGGCGUAUGCUGUAUCCAUUCGGUGGUAUAAAGAUGAUAAUCUCAUAGCAGAUAGCAGCAAUGAAACACUCACUUUACCCGACAGGCAUUUUCUUUGGAAAAAUGGGUCUUUGGAGAUUUUGAGCGUGCAACCAGAAGAAACUGGGGAGUAUGUUUGUGAAAUUGAACGAUCGGAACCUUGGGGUCCUGUAAGGCAAACUCAUGCCAUAGAAGUUUUGCAUUCACCCUCUGUAGAACCGUUUCCUUCAAACGGAUUCCUGCAAGUAAAACUAGGCGAAGAAGUUAGAAUAUCUUGCAAAGCCGAAGGAGUUCCCUAUCCGAUGAUUACGUGGACAAGUAAGGGAGAGGAAUUAAAGUUAAUUGAUCAUCGGGAAAUUCUGAAAUUCACCGCGUCAGACAGACAAAUGGCCGGGAUCUAUGAGUGUACGGCAGCGAAUGGGGUUGGCGAACCGGCCAAGGCCUCGAUUGAGCUCAACGUCAUAUACCCGCCGGAAAUGGUGACAUCGAGAUCGUGGAUUCACACAGCACCUGGUCAUCGGGUGCAGAUAGACUGCAGAGUUUCGGCGGAUCCGCAGGCGACUGUGACUUGGUUGAAAGGAGAAAUUCCCGUGCAUCUGGAUUCGAGGGUAGUUACUAUCGUGGAGGGGGACAAGCACGCUUUGCUUAUAAAAAAUGUGCAAAGAAGCGACUUUGGUAUUUACACUUGCAGGGCUACAAACGAACUCGGACAGGGAGAACUGGCCAUUCAACUUUCGGGAGUACCGAAUUCUGGUGUAUUUAAACACACAGAAGAUAAAAAUCAAGAUGCUAAAAAUCAUUACACAUUAAUUUGGGAAGUGGAUAGUUAUACGCCGAUAAUCGAAUAUAGUCUUUGGUUUAGAACGUACAAAGGAAGACUAACCCAUCCACCCAAUUGGACUAAAUUAACUAUACCUACUGAACACAGUUCAGGUCCUGUUUAUUCUAAAUCUUAUACUAUCAAAGGAUUGAAGGAGAGGACUGUGUAUGAAGCGUUGUUGGUAUCUAGAAAUAGGUAUGGUUGGAGUAAACCUUCACCAAUAUUGAGGUUUGCUACAGCUGGAGCAGAAUUGAACGAGGACAUGAUUUCAACUGUACAAGUUAAUGUCCAAGAAAAUGUUUUUGCUUAUUCUAGUAGUUCUUCCUCCAACUACAUAACAAUAAUGUAUAUACUUAUUUUCCUAAUAAAACUAUUUGUUUGA